AUGAUUGAUAAUUUUAUAAAAGAAAUACAAGAGUACGUUUACAUAGAAAAAACAGAGGAUUUCAAAGUUUCGCUGAAAAUGAAGAAAAUAUGCAGGGAGGCCUGGAUAGAGUACAGAGAAAACUACGAAUCUCAUAAGAACAGUAACGUUUGGUUUGUUUCUCUGCUGAAUGCUAUCUCCUCUUUAUUUCCAAAAGACCAGAAGACAAACAUCAUGUCUAUUCUGGACACUGAGAAGGCGUGCAUAAAGAAAGUCAACUGUUUUGAUUUUUUAAUGGCGUUUGAUAACCUGGUGCAGGGAAAACUGCUGAUCGAAAAGAUAUUUGCGUUUGAUCCAUCCUCUUUAGAGCUGCAGAAGCAGAAGAGAGCUCUUCGUUUAGUAUGUGAGGUCAUACACCUUGUAGUAUCGAAGGAGCUGAAGUGCCACAUGACGCUCUGGCACAAAUUCUUCAUGCACUCUGGGUCGUCUGAGGAAAGCUACAAUCUGUGCAAAAAAGAGUACGAUGAGAUAAUGUGCAUAUAUGUCUAUCAGACAAAGAUAAAGCUUCUUUUGCUUGAGAUAAGCAUGGUGCAUCUUCCCAUUGUAAGGCCGGAUGAGAUACUAAACACGCCUGCAGACCUUUUCACGAAAGAAUCAGAAGACGGAGUGUCGUAUAUCCAGGAAGUUGCUAGAAUCUCUUUGCUGGACGACGUGGAAAAGUGUCUAAUCAAGUACAUUUUUUCGUUUUACUCUACUUAUUCAGAAGAAAAGCAAAACUGUCUCUGGAUUCUGAAGAGAUACAGGGUUUUUCAAGACACCAUCUUGGAGAUCAUAAACAAUUUUGUAGAGUCGCUGCGCAUGGACGCGUACAACUUUGUGUUCCCAAACUACAGAAGCGACUCAAAGAAGGUAGAUGCAUACUUUGAAUCUCCGAGUCUGCUGGAGGACAAGGUAAAAAAGCAUGGAGUAGUCAGAACAUUUGUCUACAGAGAGAGACUGUACUACUUUUUCAGAAAAUGGGAUGAAAAAGAUCGAAUGCUACUAGAACACUUCAAAAGAGUGAUAAAUAGCACGCUGAGAGAGAUAGGAGUGAUGUUUAAGAUGCCUCUUCCAUCUGACUUUGACAUUGAAGCAUACAUUAAACAGCACAGAAAAGAAGAAAGAAAAAGAGCUAAAUUGCACGUAAUGCCGUAUGUCCUAUUGAAGCAGAAGAUAUUUACGUUUAAAUUUACCAACUUUGGUCCAUCUGCGUACUACAUAAGAGACAAAUUUAACAGUGUAGCAUACAAAAAAGAAAGAAAGCACAAGUUUCGGUUCAUCAAUAGAUUCAUAGAUAUAUGCCACUAG